UUUCCAAACGCAGCCUCAUUUCUUUUUGGGUGGUGGGUGUCGUGGUCGGCGUGCGCCGUCGUCUUGUUCCCUAUUAUUUGCGAAAUUUAUCUAAGUUUUGGAGUUUGAUUCGAUCUUUGAUCUCUUCACUAGAAAUCUCAUUUCAGAGGCAUCAAUGACGAUCGGCGCAGGAGGAUCCAGCGUCGUUGUUCCUAGGAACUUCAGAUUGCUUGAGGAACUUGAAUGUGGGGAGAAAGGUAUUGGAGAUGGUUCUGUUAGCUAUGGAAUGGAUGAUGUUGAUGAUGUUUAUAUGCGAUCUUGGACUGGCACCAUAAUUGGCCCCCACAAUAGUGUGCAUGAAGGUCGCAUUUAUCAAUUGAAGCUGUUCUGUGACAAAGAUUAUCCUGACAAGCCUCCUAGCGUUCGUUUCCAUUCACGCAUCAACAUGACUUGUGUGAAUCAUGAGACUGGAGUGAUUGAGGCUAAGAAAUUUGGCAUGUUGUCGAAUUGGCAACGAGACUACACAAUGGAACACAUACUGACCCAGCUGCGAAAAGAGAUGGCAGCACCCCACAACCGAAAGCUUGUCCAGCCUCCAGAAGGUACCUAUUUCUAGCGAGGAAGAAGUCUACUUAGUGCUCCUGUCCUAGUUGAAGUCUGGAAAUGUUGUCAACUGCAUUUACCUGGUGCUCAUAUAUAUAUAUAUAUAUAUGAACUGUGUAUUGGUGUUAGUAGAAGUGAACAAGCGAGGCUGCUGCUCUCUCUCUUGGCCUAUCUAUCCUGUGGGAAGUUGUAUUCAUUGUUGACGUUGUGUAUGGGCUUUGUCUCGUCUUCCUUGCGUUGUAGCUAUAAAUGGCAGUGUGAAACAUUGCUCAAUCUUUAA